CCGCGCCCGCCCUUGCUAGCAGGCACCUUCCGCCCCCUGCAUUGCUGAUGCUGCUGCUGGCAGACAUGGACGUGGUGAAUCAGCUGGUGGCUGGGGGUCAGUUCCGGGUGGUCAAGGAGCCCCUUGGCUUCGUGAAGGUGCUGCAGUGGGUCUUUGCCAUCUUCGCCUUUGCUACAUGUGGCAGCUACAACGGAGAGCUUCGGCUGAGCGUGGAGUGUGCCAACAAGACGGAGAGUGCCCUCAACAUCGAAGUUGAAUUUGAGUACCCCUUCAGGCUGCACCAAGUGUACUUUGAUGCACCCACCUGCAAAGGGGGCACCACCAAGGUCUUCCUAGUUGGAGACUACUCCUCGUCAGCCGAAUUCUUCGUCACCGUGGCUGUGUUUGCCUUCCUCUAUUCCAUGGGGGCCCUGGCUACCUACAUCUUCCUGCAGAACAAGUACCGAGAGAACAACAAAGGGCCCAUGAUGGACUUUCUGGCCACGGCCGUGUUUGCCUUCAUGUGGCUAGUUAGCUCAUCUGCUUGGGCCAAAGGCCUGUCCGAUGUGAAGAUGGCCACGGACCCAGAGGACAUUAUCAAGGGGAUGACUGUGUGCCGCCAGGCAGGGAACACGUGCAAGGAACUGAGGGACCCUGUGACUUCAGGACUCAACACCUCAGUGGUGUUUGGCUUCCUGAACCUGGUCCUCUGGGUUGGCAACCUAUGGUUCGUGUUCAAAGAGACAGGCUGGGCCGCCCCGUUCAUGCGCGCACCUCCAGGCGCUCCGGAAAAGCAGCCAGCCCCUGGGGAUGCCUACGGCGAUGCCGGCUACGGGCAGGGCCCCGGAGGAUAUGGGCCCCAGGACUCCUAUGGGCCUCAGGGCGGUUACCAACCCGACUACGGGCAGCCAGCGGGUGGCGGUGGCGGUGGCUACGGGCCUCAGGGCGACUAUGGGCAACAAGGCUAUGGCCCACAGGGAGCGCCCACCUCCUUCUCCAAUCAGAUGUAAUCUGGUCAGUGAAGCCCACGAAGACCCCAUGGGUGGGCAAGAGCUCAAGAGAAGACCUGCCCCCCUUCCUAUCCCCAUACCCUAGGUCUCCACCCCUCAACCCAGGAGACCCUAACUGUCUUUGCUGUUUAUAUAUAUAUUAUAUUAUAUAUAAAUAUCUAUUUAUCUGUCUGAGCCCUACCCUCACCCACUUCUCCAUGCACUAGGGGCCCAGUCCUGAAUGGGUUCCUCCCUUAUCCUGACCUUGCAUUCCUCAGCCCCUCUCCGCUCCCUAGUCCUGUCCCUUGAGGUAAGAGGACUCUAGAAAGGGGACAGGAAGGGGACCAGACCUUGGCUGCAUGGGGAGCGUCAAUGUGACUUUUCCUUUACUUGUCUCCCUCUGCUCCUCCUGACUCUCUAGCCUUGGUUCCUCCAGCAUUGCCUGAACAGAAGCUUGAAUGGAAGUCCAACCCCAAGAGUAGGACAACAGAUUGGGUGGGGAUACAGGAUAUGGGUGAACCAGGUGGAGAGAUGGGAGGAGCUCUGGAGAGUCAGCAGAGAGCUGGGUUCCAGACAUACUAGACACUAGACAUGGAGCCUUUUAGGGAAAUGGUGUCCUACAGCAUUCUGGAAUGGGGUUAGAAGGGACCCAAGGGAGCAGUUUUAGGAGGGGUGUGGCUUUAACAUCCAAUGGGCUCCAGAAUGAGCCAGCUUGGGUUGGAACCAGCAUCUCUAAAAGGAGUGUAUAUUGAAACAUGCAGGAGUCUGUGUUUGAUUCCAAAGAGCUUGAGCAAGGCUAGAACUGGGGUUCGGGAGUGAUGUAGGCUUGAGAGGAGGUCCUGUCAGGGUUCUAGACAAGCAUAUGAAGGGUAUGAGGAGUGUGUGAUGGUCUUUGAAGGGAAGCCCUUCCUGUCGUGGGGCAGCAAAGAAAAUACGUUUUCAAAGGAGUAGGGUUUAAGCAGUGGGUGUGGGGGGCCAUAGUUAGGAGCCAUGAGACGAGUUUUGUUAAACGCAGGAGAGAGAACACACCUGGCACCCUGGGAAUUGAGGUAACCUGGGAAGAGCCAAGUUAUCGUGGUUUGGAGGGUGAAGGGUGGGAUCCAGAGAGAAAUGUCCCUUGCUCACCCCCUCAAGAGAUAGCUAGAUAAUCAGAGGACAGAGUCUACAGGUCUGUGGGGCUGACCCACCCUCUUCCCCUUUCUCUACCCUCUCCCUCCACACUCCCCUCUGCCCCGGAAUACUUGGAGGCUGGGUCUGGAGCCCCCAUCCUGUACCCUCUGCUGUGUCUGUGGUGUUGGUAGUGCCUGUGAUCGUGUGUUGCCAUUUUGUCUGACUGUGGCCCUUCCCUCUUCCCUCCAGACCCCCCACUUUCCUGUGCCCUUCGGUAUUGUUUGAAGACUCCCUCCCCGAGGAAAAACAAAUAUGAGAAAUUCCCUUCUCCCAAAUAAACUCC